GGUCAGCCAUGAUACAGCUGGAACAGAGAGGGUUAAGCGGCUUGCCCAACAGUGGCAGCAUGGCUGGGGCUUGAACCCCCGAUCAGUAACCCAGAGCCUUAACCACUAAGCCACCACUGCCCCUAUGGCUAACACUAUGGGAAUUCUGUCCCUGUGGUGGAAUCCCAACCCUGCCAAAAUAAUAACUAAAUAAAUAAAUGAAUCUACAAAGAAAUGUAAAAAAGCAAAAGGAAAUGAGCAUUUACUCUUUUAUUUCCUUAUUUAUGUAUUAUUGUAUUUUCCCCACAUUUAUUUAUUCAUUCAUUUAUUUAUUCAUACAUACAGUGGGGGAAAUAAGUAUUGAACACGUCAAAAAAAAUUUCAGUAAAUAUAUUUCCAAUGAGGUUACUCACAUGAAAUUUUCACCAGACAUCAGUAUUAACUCAAGAAAUCCGGAAAUAUAAAGAAUUCACAACAUUAAAGUCCAUGAAUGACGUUGUGUAAUAAAGAGGAAUGACACGGGAAAAAAAGUAUUGAACACACUAACUGAAAUGUAUUUAAUACUUAGUGGAGAAGCCUUUGUUUGUAAUGACAGCUUCAAGACGCUUCCUGUAUGAAGAAAUUAAUGUGCCACAGUAUUCAGGUGUCACGAUUUCCUCUCGCACAACGCUGGAGCAUGCUGCACGCUUCCGGGUUUGUCAGUGACACUGACUUUCUUUACUUUUGACACGUGUGUUUUGUUGUGAUUUUUGUUCUGUCUCCGCCCUUGUAUCGUCAUUGGUUGUUUCCCUUAUGUGCAAUCAUUGUUCUUAGCUGUUUUGUGUUUCACCCCGAUUACAUUCGUUAUUUAAAGCCUUUGUGUAUCUAUGUACGGAGCGAAGUGCCAAGCCGUGGUUCGUGGGUUUUGAGCUUGCAUCUCGUUUCUCAUUUUGUGGUUUGCCGUGCCUAGUUUAUGCCCAUUUGCCGAUCGCCCAACCCAUUGCAUGUUUUUGACCAUGCUACUGUCUCACGUUUUGGAUUUGUAUGUCUAUCUCUACUCCAAUAAAGCUCUUAUCUGCAAUUGCAUCCAUUCUGACCUCCACAACAUUCCGUUACAUGACAUCAGGUGUGAUUUUGGCCCAUUCUUCUAAACAUAUUGUCUUUAAAUCUUGCUCAAUUGGAUUCAAGUCAGAUGAUUGACUGGGCCAUUCUAACACCUUGAUUUUUUUUCUCUGAAACCAAUUGAGAGUUUCCUUUGCUGUAUGCUUUGGAUCGUUGUCCUGCUGGAAGUCCACCCACGUCUCAUCUUCAUCAUCCUGGUGGAUGGCAGCAGAUUCUUCUCAAGAAUCUCCUGGUAAAGGGCUCCAUUCAUCGUUCCUUCAGUUAUAUGAAGUCUGCCAGUACUAUGUGAUGAAAAACAGCCCCACACCAUGAUGCUUCUAUCUCCAAACUUCACUGUUGGUGUAGUGUUUUUAGGGUGAUGUGCACCGCUAUUUUAUUCUCCAAACAUGGUGUGUAGUAUGACAACCAAAAAGUUAAAUUUUGCUCUCGUCUGACCAGACUACACUCUCCCAGUAUUUCAUAGGCCUGUCCAAAUGAGUUGUAGCAAACUUUAAACAAGCUUCAACAUGCCUUUUCUUUAAUUAUGGAGUCUUGCAGGUGAGCGUGAACAGUGGAGUGCAUUGCCUAUUGUUUUCUCUGUGACGAUGGUACCUGCUGCUUCCAAGUGUUUCUGGAGCUCUUUCUGAGUGGUCCUUGGCUCUUGGGCUACUCUUCUGACUAUUCUUCUGACUCCCUGGUCAGAAAUCUUGCGAGGAGCUCCUGUGCUUGGCCGGUUGAUGACGAAGUGAUGUUGCUUCCACUUGUGGAUAACGGCCCCAAUAGUGCUUACUGGAGGAUUCAGAAGUUUUGAAAUACGUCUGUAUCCUAUUCCAUCAAUAUGUUUCACAUCAAUAAGGUUGUUAAGGUCUUGGGAGAGCUCUUUGCAUUUACCCAUCAUGAGAUGUUUCUUGUGUGACACAAGGUGGUUACAAAAAGCCUUUUUAAUAGACCAUCAAUUUACUAACCCAGCUGUUAUUAAUUUGCACAGAUAGGGCGUAUACUUACUUUCUAAAUACUUAUGGAUUUCAGUUGGUUCCUUGCCUUACCUUACCUUGGAGAACUGCUUUCUGUCAUGACUUGAGGGUUGAGACAGAUCCAGGUGCAGAAUUUAAGGUUUUAAUAAAUAAGCAAACAAAAUACAAAAGACACUAUGACUAUGAAAACAUUGUGGCAAGACAAAACAGAAACUAAAGAACAUAAACACGGCAACAGAGACAAAGGCAUAGAAAGACUAACGUGAGACAAAGAAAGCAGUGCAAACAGUGGCUAUAUACAUGAGUGCUCAUUAACAAGAAAGUGAUUCAGGUGCAGGUGGUCAUUUGACUGAUGAGUAAGGUGCAGUGGCUGCUGGGAACUGAAGUCCAGAGUUCCUUCUCUGAUACAUGACACUUUUUCUUAACAUGUUCAAUACUUUUUUCUUGUGUCAUUUCACUUUAUUUCACAUAACUUCAUUUAUGGACUUUAAUGUUGUGAAUUUUUUUAUAUUUCCAGAUUUCAUGACCCAUCUGCUGCAUUUCCUUUUGUCAUACCACAAGCUCUCACUGUGGCCUCAGAGCUUCGCCCUUGCCCCUGCCAGCACUCUGAUCAUGAUUGUUAUGUGUGAAAUAAAACAUGCCCCCCCAUUACUGCGCAUGCUUUACUUCGGCUACAGUAUGUUCUCCUGUACUCAUUCAUUUCUGCUGGUUCUUCUGGUGAUCACCUGCUUUCAUUCCUACACAGCAGGCAACGAUGAAUUCAUGACCCAGUUUUGUUUAAACAUGGAUACAGCUGAACACAUGGAUUCCUCAACAGUGCAAGGUAGAAAAAAUUCUACACACGUCUCUUAUUUAGCUACAAAGAGUCCAGUUCAGCAGGAUUACACAGAAGAACAACUACACACAGUGACAUCACAUGGAAUCGCAAAUGAUUCACAACAGCUCCGGGAAGCUCAGGAGGACCCAGACCCCAUCAGGGAAGGUCAGGAGGACCCACACCCCAUCACGGAAGCUCAGGAGGACCCACACCCCAUCAGGGAAGGUCAGGAGGACACACACCCCAUCAGGGAAGGUCAGGAGGACCCACACCCCAUCACGGAAGGUCAGGAGGACCCACACCCCAUCACGGAAGGUCAGGAGGACCCACACCCCAUCACGGAAGCUCAGGAGGACCAACACCCCGUCAGGAAAGUUCAAGAGGACCCACACCCCUUCAGGAAAGGUCAGAAGGACCCUCACCCCGUCAGGAAAGUUCAGGAGGACCCACACACCUUCAGGGAAGGUCAGGAGAAGGAGAUGUUUCAUGAUCUAGGAUUCUUCAUUCAGGUCACGAAAUCAGUUGAAGAAAUCUUAAUGUGCGUAAGAUGUCUAAUGGCCAGAAAUACCAUUUACUCAUUUGUGUGUGUGUGUGUGUGUGUGUGUGUGUGAAAUAUUUUCACUGCAUCAAAAGGCGUGCUCGUUAAGAUACCAGCAGACAAAAGCUAAUCCAGCACAAAUGAAUGCAUAAAAAGGUCACCAAAAUGCAGUACUUGAAUCUCAUAAUUAAAUACUUAAUGAGGGGAAAAAAUGCAAAAAGCUCCACUUUUUGAAAGCAAGAACCCCCCCUUCCACUAGGAUGGCUAUGGGAUUGAUUUACCUGCAAUCGCAAGUUUUUUUCCUUUGGAUUUAGAAUUUUUUUUUUUUGAGAAUUAAUGAGUUUGCAUGCAGAAAGUUAAGAAAGAUGUUCUACUAAAGGUAAGACUUAUUUCUGGGCAAACAUGUGACGUUAUUGAUUUGGUAUUUGUUUUCUCUUUUGACUGGUUGCUCAGUUAAUAAAGUCAGUGUAUGUUUUUUGCUGUGUGUCUCUGUAGUACUGAAUUCAGCUGUUGAUAUAGUACAUUUUUGUGUGGUGAGCCUGUAUUAUUGCUAUUAUGGGGGUCAAGGUGGUGGGGAAGUUGGUGGUGAUGGUGGUAGCUUAUUGGCUAAAGCAUUAGCCUGCUGAGGUCAUGAGUUCAGAUCCCAGCAUUAAUCCUCCAACAGAUCAGUUUUAUGAAUGUAAAAUGUAAUGUUCCUUCACUGUAGGUCACAUUGGAUAAGGGGGUCUGCUAAAUGCUCUAAAUGUAAAUUGGUAUAGUGAGAAGUUUUUGACUCACAUGGCUAAAGUCAGUGCUUAAUUUGUAAACCUGCAGGUCCUGGAACACUAAGAGGGUAGUGAUCCGGCAGGCCAGGAGGCACAUGAAAGGUCACAGUCCUCGAAAUUACAGAUAUGUUAAAACUUCUAGAAUCUCAUGUAGCCAAAGAUAUUCAGUGCUGAUAAGUAGGAAUAUGUAAUUGAUCACACUGGUACAGCAACAUAAUCUCCGGAAGGAACUAGAGACUUAAAUUCCCAGCAGCCACUGCACAUCUGCAUCACGGUCACAUGACCACCCACACCUUGGUUAACGAGCACCUGUAUGUAUUUAGUCACUGUUUGUACAGCACUAGGUGUCUGGCUUUGAUCAUUUCAUGCUGUCAUGUUUUGCUCUCCUGUUUUCUUGGUCUUGGCACGACACAACCCCCCACAUUUCAAAAUCUAGGUUUUGUCCCCCAACUUUUUCCUAAUCUCAACUUUUAUUUCACAUUGCCUGCCUGUCUUAAUGAUUUCUGAGUUGGACCGUCUCUAAAUGAGUCUAUUUUGCAACUUUUAUAUUCAAUAAUAAAAAUAAAUAACCUUUCACUAUAAUAAGUGCAGGGGUCAGACUCGAGUAGCUAGGGGUCGCUGAACCGUUUGCCUGUUGCCAAGCUUGACGAGAGCAAAGUGUCUGUCACUGUAAGGUUACACACAAAACCUGGUAUUGAUUUUCAGAGAGGUGGCUUCUCUUACACAAUGAAAUCAGAAUGGAUUCAUUAGGAGAUGACUUGAAUAUUUCGUUACCAUCAGUGGAAAAAAACCUCACGUCCUGAAAUGAGGGCGGUUACGACACAGCAUUCAGACUCUCUUGAGCACACUAACGUAUAGAUGAAAGAUUUACCACUUUGUAUUUGAGGUAGGAUAUCGUAGUUAUUUCAGCCCAUGACACUGAUUAUUGUUUACUGGUUUUGAUCGACAAUUUAGUUGUCGAAAUAAUUAUAUUGCCUGUGAAAGUUUGCAAGCAAGCUAGCACACCAAAAUUGUGUGUAUGUGCCAUUGCUACGUGUCCAUAAACGACGUUAGUCAGAAUGUUCACACAGAGAUGAGUAUUCUACAAUAUUUUAAGAGGAAGAGGAGGCUUAACAGCAGUGCAUAGGAGUAGAAAAGACUGAGGAGGACGAGUUUGCAAGUUGUAUGGAUAGCUACUAGGUUUCCAGCUAGUUCAUGUCACACUGUGUUGGAUGUUUGGGACGGGGCGCUAUCGUGGUAGGAUCGCUCCCACUGUUGGUGAGUUGGACCUAUGAGUUGGAGACUGUAUGUUUUCAUUUUCUGUCAUGAUUCUGGAAAACAUAGUAAGGCUGUUACGGUACCGCUGGCAGAUGGCGCUCUGGCGACAGCAUGCACGAGCGGCUUCAGAGCGCGCACGUGCUUGAAACUCCCAUGGACUCUAAAGCUGGGUUAAGUGUCACCAGCUGCCGGCGAUCAAUGGACUGUUUACUUAAACCCCUCGCCUUGCUGCGCACAUCGCGCGGCAUUAACCUGAACUGAAUUAACAUAAUCUAAUCUAAACUAAGCUGAGGAGUUGCAGUAAAGCAACGCCAAGCAAAGUAAAGAGGAGAAAGGACUAACAGAGCAGACGACGGAAUGUAUAAUGGUGCCAGGUUGUGAUAUUGCCAUGCUCUGUCUGUCUUCCUGUUCCUUAGUUGAUACCCUGACGUAGUUGAGUGCUUGUAUCCUGUUCCAGUUAACUGAGACGUUCCUGUUCUAGUUUAACGAGAUGUUUCUGCUUUAGUUAUAUGAAGUGUUCACGCUCUAGGUAUAUGUGUUUCUGUCAUUUGUUAGAGGAUUGUUUCAUGCCUUGUUUAUAGUUGAAGGAGGACUGGUUGAGUUAGUGUUACGUUUAGUUCUGGUUUCCUGCCUCCUCGUAUGUUUAUUGAAGUGGCACAAUAAAGACUGCUCUCCUGCACUUACUUCCUGUCUCCAUGCCCCUUUCGUAACAAGGGCAGUGCUGCUUUAUCAAGAACUGCUGCAGUAGGUCACCCUGUCAUCCAGUGAGAAAACUGGACAAUGGAGUGUUUUUGCUGUAGCAAAAUAUCCUCCAGCUCAUACUCAUAACUUCAACUCGCCAUCAGAAACAGU